AGCUGGCUAACGUUAGCUCCUCAGACACCGUACAGCAGAGAUGGAUGACGGUGACGAGCCGGGGAUAGUCCUCUCUCACAACACUUCUUCAGGCUCUAAGUCAGGUGGGGACAAGAUGUUUUCCCUCAAGAAGUGGAACGCUGUGGCGAUGUGGAGCUGGGACGUGGAGUGCGACACUUGUGCUAUUUGCCGGGUACAAGUGAUGGACGCUUGUCUCCGAUGUCAGGCAGAAAACAAACAGGAGGACUGUGUUGUUGUCUGGGGUGAAUGCAACCACUCCUUCCAUAACUGCUGCAUGUCCCUUUGGGUGAAGCAGAACAAUCGCUGUCCCCUCUGCCAGCAGGACUGGGUUGUUCAGAGAAUCGGGAAAUAACUCCAGGCAGUCUGAUUCACAGACGACACCUGUGUGUGCACCUAAAAGAGGUGACGGACUUUGCAAUUAGUACUGCAGCGUCAUGUGCAGAGAGCCACAGACACCGACAACUGUCCUCCUACUUAUGAAUGCAUGUUCCAGUAGUCCUGGUGUCAAAGGUUGGAUGGACAAAAUUAAAGCGACAUUGACCUGUUGGUCACUAAUUGAUUGAUGUGGCUGGAGGGAUCAUGCGGAGAAGGAUGAACCUUGUUGCGUCACAUUAGCUUUGUGUAACUGUCUGUGGUGGUGCUCAGCACCUUGAAUAUGUGACUGUCUUUAUAAAAAUAAAGAAGUGUGUAUACCUGUAAA